AUGAAUCUCUCGCUGCCCUCCCUCCUGCUCAGUCUGGGAGGAAAAUGUCUGCUCAACUGGAGCCUGGUGUUUCUCCAGAGGAACCACAUCUGUAAAAACUUCCUCGGGGUUUUCAGCGUUUCCCUCGCAGUCAUCGACACACUGCUGACCUUCUCUGUCACCGCCCUCCACGUCCCCGCUGACGGACACGUCCUCCUGCUGGGCCUCAGGCUGACCAGGUACCACGUGUGUCUGCUGGUUCAGGUCUGCGGACAGGUCUACAGCGCUCUGCAGUGGCCUGUCGCAGUCGUGGCCGGUUUGGAUCAUUUCUUCGCCGUCACUGGAAGGCUGCAGCCGAGCAGGGCCGGGGUCAGAGGGAUUGUUUGUUUGGUUGUGAGCGGCCUCCUGUGGUGCCUCGCAGCUCUCUACAUCUUCCUGCUGUCUGACUUCACUCCCGUCAUGGAGGACGUCCCUCACACCCUGAUACACCGGUGCUGGGUCCUCCACUCCUCUCAGAUCCUGCAGGUUUUUAUGUUUCUCCUCCUGACUCUGGGUUGUGCAGCACUGCAUGCUGGGAGCAGUGUGCGAUUAUUAAAAACACCUCCUCUGAGAGACCAAAUUACAAACAAAAGUGGAGCUCGCUGCAGGAGGAGUGUUGCUCAACAAGCCCUGCGUAUAUUUCUGGACACAUGGGCUUUAUUUUUGCUUUUUCUGGCCGUGCUCCUGCUGCUGCCGCUGGGAAUACCUGCAUACCUGGGUCUGAGCGUGGCCUGGCUCUGCUUCAUCAACAGCCUCCUGAUUGCACUCGUUUUAUGUGCCGUCUGUCCGGCCUCGCGGCUCGCUCAGGGCCUGGCAGCCGCUCCUCCCGACAGCUUCUGUGAGUGGAGAUUUAAAUUUAGCCCGGCCACAGAGGACAGAUCAUGA